CUGUUUGUCUGCAUUGGUGGGCAUACGCUCUUGUCCAAGCAAGUAAAACAAACGUUUCUAUUUGUUGUCGGCCGACUCUUUGCUCUUCUCCUUCGCUUGCUCCGACUGGGGAAGGUAUUUAGCCCAUCUGAGCCGUUUUUGUUUCACUUCUGAGUUGAGCCUCAGCUCGUCAAAAAUGAGUCUUGAGCGAUUCUGACACGAGCCCAGAUGGAUCUUGAAGGCGUGAUCAGCAAUAACCCAAUAAAGAGAGAUUCAUGGAAGACGGUGUUGACUCUCGCUUACCAGAGCUUAGGCGUUGUGUAUGGAGACUUGAGCACCUCCCCAUUGUAUGUGUACAAGAGCACUUUUGCGGAGGACAUAAGACACUCGGAGACCAACGAGGAAAUUUAUGGGGUCUUGUCCUUUGUGUUCUGGACAUUGACAUUAGUACCAUUGGUGAAGUAUGUGUUCAUUGUGCUCAGAGCUGAUGAUAAUGGUGAAGGUGGGACUUUUGCCCUGUACUCGCUGUUGUGCCGACAUGCCCGGGUUAAUUCGCUGCCGAAUUGCCAGCUCGCCGACGAGGAAUUAUUCGAGUAUAAGAACGAUGGGUCUGGGAAGAGGGAUAUUGGGUCUAGCUUGAAAUCAACUCUGGAGAAGCACAGAGUGUUGCAGAGGCUGUUGUUGGUGUUGGCUUUGAUCGGGACGUGUAUGGUGAUUGGAGAUGGUGUGCUGACUCCUGCACUUUCUGUUUUCUCUGCUGUGUCAGGGUUGGAGCUCUCCAUCGAUGCUAGUGAGCAACGCAGAUAUGUUGAAGUCCCAGUAGCUUGUGCCAUACUUGUGUUUUUGUUUGCUCUGCAACAUUAUGGGACCCAUCGAGUUGGUUUCCUUUUUGCGCCUGUGGUGAUUACAUGGCUCUUCUGUAUCAGUGCUAUUGGUGUAUAUAACAUCUUCCACUGGAAUCCCCAUGUAUAUCAAGCACUCUCUCCAUAUUAUAUGUACAAGUUUUUGAAGAAGACGCAAAGGGGAGGUUGGAUGUCCUUGGGAGGAAUUCUACUGUGCAUUACAGGCUCAGAAGCUAUGUUUGCUGAUCUAGGUCAUUUCUCCCAGUUGUCGAUCCAGAUUGCUUUUACCUUGGUGGUUUAUCCGUCCUUAAUCCUGGCAUACAUGGGACAAGCUGCUUAUCUGUCCCAGCAUCAUGUUAUGGAUAGUCACUACCACAUUGGAUUCUAUGUAUCAGUACCAGAGAAGAUAAGGUGGCCCGUGCUGGUGAUAGCAAUACUAGCGGCUGUAGUUGGAAGUCAAGCAAUCAUCACCGGGACUUUCUCGAUAAUAAAGCAGUGUUCUGCUCUGGGUUGCUUUCCAAGAGUCAAGAUAGUGCACACAUCGUCCAAGAUACAUGGCCAGAUUUAUAUUCCAGAGAUCAACUGGACUCUGAUGCUUCUUUGCUUGGCUGUGACUGUUGGUUUUAGGGACACCAAACGGAUGGGAAAUGCAUCAGGUUUGGCAGUUAUUACUGUCAUGCUCGUGACUACCUGCCUGAUGUCUCUGGUUAUGGUCCUGUGUUGGCACAAGAGUGUUCUAUUAGCUCUGUGCUUCAUUUUCUUCUUUGGCUCGAUUGAAGCGCUUUACUUCUCCGCAUCCCUCAUCAAGUUUCUCGAAGGAGCAUGGGUCCCCAUUGCCCUCUCGUUUAUAUUUAUGAUCAUCAUGUACGUGUGGCACUACGGGACGCUAAAAAAGUACGAGUUCGACGUCCAAAAUAAGGUUUCCAUGCACUGGCUCCUAAGUCUGGGUCCCAAUCUAGGGAUUGUGAGGGUUCGGGGGAUUGGACUGAUACACACAGAACUUGUUUCGGGAAUCCCGGCUAUUUUCUCCCACUUCGUCACCAACCUUCCGGCUUUCCACCAGGUUCUAGUCUUUCUCUGCAUCAAAUCCGUCCCAGUCCCACAUGUCAGGCCCAAGGAAAGGUUCUUGGUGGGGAGAGUAGGCCCCAAGGAGUACCGGGUAUAUAGGUGCAUAGCCCGGUACGGAUAUCGUGACAUUCACAAGGAUGACUUGGAGUUUGAGAAGGAUCUCUUUUGUAGCAUCGCAGAACUAGUUCGGUCGGAGAAGCUGGAAUGCACCCCUAGGAUGGACGAUUCGGAGGACGAGAAAAUGACAGUCGUCGGGACGUCUUCUUCCAAUCUAGACGGGGUAAGAUUGUGCGAGGACAACGCGGGAUCCUCUCAAAAGGAAGGCGCCUCAUCAGAAGUAGUAGAGGUAAUUACUCCGCAGAAGCCGAGGAAGAGGGUGAGGUUCCUAGUGCCGGAGAGCCCGAGGAUGGACCGGGAAGCACGCGAAGAGCUGAAGGAACUGAUGGAAGCGAGGGAGGCCGGGAUGGCAGUCAUUAUGGGGCACUCACAUGUGAGGGCAAAGAGGGGUUCAAGUUUUAUGAAGAAGUUAGUCAUCAAUCUGGGGUAUGACUUCUUGAGGAGGAACUCCAGAGGGCCUACUUAUGCUCUGAGCAUCCCUCAUGCAUCGACCUUAGAAGUUGGGAUGGUGUACGAGGUCUGAUGAUGCUGCUGUAUUAAAGAAAAUGCAGCUUUUUGACUUGCCAUGUAUAUGUCAGAAACGGAUAUAUCAAAUGAUGUUGUUUCAUCCUAAAAUAGGACGAGGACCUCCCUGUUAUUAUCUUACCUUGACCAACCCUCUUGGCCAACUUUCAUCUCUUUUCGGAUCAUUUUUUUUCGCCUAUAUUCCAUUUCAAAUGUGUAAAGGUUGAACUUGGAACUUGCCAAUCCAUUAGCUUGGAUGACUCCCCGAGUCCUUAGCAGAUUGAGUCUGAGAAAA